GUCAAACCCGGAUUGUAUAAAGGCGUUUUUAAUGGCUGGAAAACGAUUGCUAAGGCUGAAGGCUUCCGUGGCGUCUUCACCGGUGUAGGUCCUACUUUCAUCGGUUAUUCAUUGCAAGGUGCUGGAAAAUAUGGUUUCUACGAAGUCUUCAAAUACCAAUAUGGCAAACUUGUUGGAGAAGAAAAUGCCCAUAAAUAUCGUACCUUAGUUUACCUUACAGCUUCUGCCUCAGCGGAAUUCAUUGCUGAUAUCUUUUUAUGUCCUAUGGAAGCCCUUAAAGUACGUAUGCAAACCAGCAUUCCGCCAUAUGCCAAAACAACAAGCGAGGGCUUCCGCAAGAUUAUGGCGGCGGAAGGCUUAAAUGGAUUUUAUAAAGGGCUUGUACCCCUUUGGGCUCGUCAAGUACCUUAUACCAUGGUUAAAUUCGCCACCUUUGAAAAAACAGUGGAAAUCUUGUACAAGACGUUUAUGAGUAAGCCAAAAGCAGAAUACAACAAGAUGGAACAACUAGGUGUAAGUUUUGCGGGCGGGUAUAUUGCUGGUGUCUUUUGUGCCGUGGUUUCCCAUCCUGCAGAUGUUUUAGUUUCAAAACUAAACUAUUUGCCAAAGGUGGCUGCUGGUGAGACGCAAAAGGGCGCAAUGGACGUUAUGAAAGAUUUGGGUAUGCGUGGUUUAUGGACGGGUUUAGGACCGCGUAUAGUAAUGAUCGGUACAUUGACCGCUCUUCAGUGGCUGAUCUUUGAUGGUGUCAAAGUAGCUGUUGGAUUGCCUACAACUGGCAGCGCCACUGAAGACACAAAAGCGUCGGCAACCGAAGUUGAAAAAAAGGUUAAAUUUGAAUAA